GCUUCCGUAACAUUUGUAAAUAUCUUUAACUCGUCCUUUGAUGGAAAAGGCUUUAUGCAUGUAGGACGUAUUGGCAGCCCUUUCUUGUUGUGCUUCAUAAAGUCGUUGAAUCCAUUAUACAAAUGAAUAUUGAAUGUUAUGUUCCAUAUUUCUCAGUGGUCAAAUCUUGGUUUCAAGUCGUGCUAUGUUUUCACAUAAUUGUGUCAUUUUAUUCUACCAUAGUUAGCAAGAACAGUGAUGUUUCCUACGUCAGCUGUAAAACUCCAUCCUUCGCUGAUCUUUAUUCGGUACGCUUCAGCAUGCAAAGCUAUUGUCCAGAAUUCUUUUGGCCCUAGCAGUGUACUAGAAAUGGUUGAUGAUUACAAAGUUGAGGAACCUAAAAAGAAAGAAGUCCUUGUCGAGGUUUAUGGCAGCUCAGUGAAUCCUUUAGAUUGUCAACAACGAGAAGGUUUUGGUAAAAGGUUUUUCGAAGUAACUACUGGACAAAAAGCGACUUUCCCUAUCUGCCCUGGCUGUGAAUUUUCCGGCAAAGUCCUGAAGGCUGGUCCCAAUUCUUCAUUCAAAGUUGGAGACAGAGUUUUCGGUGCUUCGUUAGCCGGAAAGAGCUGGGCAGAAAGAAUAUGCAUCAAUGAUGGAACUGUCGCACUUGCGCCCAAAACAAUCCCCCUUGAAGUUGCAGGCACGUUCCCCAAAGUUGCAAUUUCUGUUUCAGGUUUUCUGAAAGCUGCAAAACUUCGUUCAGACAACUGUCGGGAUAAACGAGUUUUUAUAAACGGUGGAUCAGGGGGUAUUGGCACUUUUACUAUUCAGUUGCUGAAGUCGUACAGUGCUAAGGAAAUAGCUGUCACUUGUGGUCCAGAUAAUGUCGAACUCUGCUCCGAGCUAGGUGCCCACACUGUUAUUAACUACAAAAAGGAAGAUUUCAGAGAAGUGCUACGUGACUUUGAUGUUUACCUGGACUGCAUAAAUUCAAAUGACGAAGACAGGCGCAGUGGGUAUGGGGUUCUUCGAAAGGGAGGCCACUAUUUGACUCUUGUUUUUCCAUGGAUUGGCAAUACUGAUGAAUCAGGCCUGCUUUGGGGCACCCUUCGAGCUAUAUCUUGGCUUGCAAGGAUGAAAAGAGAUGCAUCAAAAAACUUUGGACUUAAGUUUGAUCCUUGCGUUGGUAUGCCAGACCAGAAUUUUUUAGUUGAAACAGCAACACUUAUCGAUGCCGGGAAAAUGCGAUCAGUAGUGAGCCAGAAUUUUUCAUUAGAAGAUAUGAAAAUGGCGCAUGAUAUUAUUGACAGUGGAAGAGCCAAAGGAAAAUUAAACGUUAUUUUGAAGAAGGAAGAGGACUUUAUGGUCGAAAAUGUUGAAGGUUGAGAGUGAAAUAAAUUAUAGCAUGUCACACGCCUUUUUAUAGAAAUUCAUUUACAAAUUCAUUAUAUCUGAAACGUUUUCACACAUACACACUUUAACUUAGAUUCAUAAUUGAGAGACAGAUAGAGAAAAAUAUUUAGAAGAUUUCAGAAGUGAUUAGUAGUUCGUUUAAGCAUUAACAGAUGCCCAUAGGUUAUGCAGAUUCACCAUCAAGUUUCGAUUCAGAUUUAAUUGCAUACAUUGCGAGGAUAUUUGAUUGAUGUAGAACUUAGCAAUAAGAAAAAGUGUCGUCGAAACGAACUCAUAUUGGGGGUUAAGGGGUAGGCUGUACAUUCAGAAGCUUUGGUAAUCUGUUUUAAAGGAAUAGAAUACACUUUAGCUAUUAUUUUGGGGAGGGGGUUGCACUUACAAUGCCCCUAAGAGUUGCUUACAAUGUCAAAAACAAAUUUGAUUCUAAAUUAAACUCAAAUACACAAGGGUACGUUGCUUGCUUAUAAAUAUUAAUGCUUAUAAAGGUAUAUGAAUAUUAUUUUUGAAUAUUAUUAUACCAUACUGCAAAGCUUGGGUUCUUAUAUUUAUUUGAUGCAUACUUGCUUAUAAUUAUUAGUAUUCUUGAAUGCCUGUUGAAUAUUGUGUUUUGAAUAUUACAUUCCAAUUAUGUUGAAAAAAGUGUUUUGAAUAUACGGUAUGAGUUUUGAAAAACACUUUUCAACAAGGGAACCAGUGGCAUGACCAGCUCAAAAAAACCAGGGUGGACAAAAA